CCCUUCUCUCAACAUUUUUCCUGGGUUGACAUGGCAACAGGACACUGGACCAGCUCAAACCCCAUAACCAUUAAACCGCCUUCGGGCCACCCUGACUCUCACCCUGCUGCCAAACCAUGACAGACCCGAAGACCCCAAAAAACCAGAUCACAAACCCUUCCAACCCCAUUGCCGACCUCGCCUGGUUCUUCCUCAUCGCCACCUCCAUCAAGCUCCUCCUCAUCCCCACCUACCGCAGCACCGACUUCGAGGUCCACCGCCACUGGCUCGCCCUCACUCACUCCCUCCCUCUCUCCCUCUGGUACUCCGACGAGACCAGUCCAUGGACUCUCGACUACCCUCCCUUCUUCGCCUACUUCGAGCGCUUUCUCUCCCUCUUUCCCCCCCUCUUCGACCCCACAAUCGUCCACCUCCACAAUGGCCUCAAUUACUCCUCCAAUUCCCUCAUCGUCUUCCACAGACUCACCGUGAUUGUCUUCGACACUGUUCUAAUCUAUGGGGUUUAUCGAUUGACGCGGAAAUUGGGGUUGAGAGAGCGAGUUUUGAUCUGGGUUUUGGUUGUUUGGUCACCAGGGUUGUUGAUCGUUGAUCAUAUGCAUUUUCAGUAUAAUGGGUUUCUUUUGGGUUUGUUGUUGUUAUCGCUUUCGUGGUUGGAGGAUGGGAAGGACUUGAUGGGUGGGUUUGUUUUCGCUGUUUUGUUGUGUUUUAAGCACUUGUUUGCUGUGGCUGCUCCGGUUUAUUUCGUGUAUUUGUUGCGGCAUUAUUGUCGGGGUGGUUUGGUGAAGGGGUUUGGGCGGUUGGUGAUGAUGGGGACGGUGGUUGUGGCGGUUUUUGUGGCGGCAUAUGGGCCAUUUGUGUAUUAUGGCCAGAUCCAGCAAGUUUUCCGCCGCAUGUUUCCAUUUGGUAGGGGGCUCUGCCAUGCCUAUUGGGCUCCAAAUUUCUGGGUGUUUUAUAUACUUCUCGAUAAAGGGCUUGCUUUCAUGCUUGCGAAACUGGGAUUCAGCAUCCAAGCACCAACAGCUUCAUUUACUGGUGGACUAGUGGGGGAUUCCUCUCCUUUUGCUGUUCUACCGAGGGUCACUCCCUUGAUUACCUUUGUCUUGGUCAUGCUUGCCUUGUUUCCAUGUCUUAUUAAGGCUUGGAAGAAUCCUCAGCCCAAGAUGAUCACUAGAUGGGUUGCAUAUGCUUACACGUGUGGCUUUUUGUUUGGCUGGCAUGUUCAUGAGAAGGCAUCUCUCCACUUUGUGAUUCCCCUUGCUAUUGUUGCAAUUCAGAGCAUGGAGGAUGCCAGGCAUUAUUUCUUGUUGUCAAUAGGUAUAGUUCUUACUGCUUUGUGUUAUCUCUUCAAAAAGCUUAUAAAUUCAACUUUAAAUAUCGCAUGUGAAAACUUGUCACAAAAAGAAGACACUGAAAAAGAUUCAUACAGUAAGUCCCAAGCCCUUGCAAGGUACACCAUUAAUCUUGUCAGAUCCUGUUCUUUUCUUGUUUUCAGUUUUCCAAUAUUUAUUAGGCUACAAUUGAGUGUCCCAAUUAAAUUUGGUUGUGAUUGGAACUCAAAACUUGUGGAAUUUUGUUAGCGCUCUGAUUUGAUUAAUAUUGCAUGAUUGGGAGGUACAAGAGGGGUUAGAGAACUAAGGAUGUAAUUCAAUACACAUCAAAGUUUUUAAAGGCGAAUAUGUAAAGCGAGACAUUUUACCUCUCAUGAGGCAAGGUACAAGUCUCAAGUGGUUGAGAUGGAAGCAUUUCAAAUUUUGUAUUUUCAUAUUUAGUAAAUAAAUAAAAUAUUUUAAAAUAGUAAAAAAAAUAAAAAAAAAAUUUAAAAGUGUAAAUAUUUCUCUCUUUUAAGGAAAUACAAAAUUUCACUAUAGAGAAAGAAAUUUGUCCUCAUCGUCAUCGAAAGUGAAUAUGAUAUUUUUAGCUUAAGUUAUCGACCUUCUCACUUGAUCAUUAACUUUGUGUUUUUCCUUGGUCAAUCAUUUACUUGAUUUUUCCCAUUAAACCAUAUAUUAGACUAAGGGUUGUUUUGGGAACUAGCUAUUUUAGUUGGCCUUUUAGUUUUUUUAGGAAAAAACGUGCAAAAAAGUAGAGAGAAGAGUUGACUUUUUGGUAGUGACUUUUUGACUAUAGUUUUGAAAGUAAUUUUGAGUUGUAUUUUAAAAAUAUGUUUAGUUAACAUGUUUCAUCCAAAUCAUGUUUUAAAAACAAAAUCAGGAUUUGAAAAGUAAACCAAAUGCUACCUUAAUAGAAGGGAGGUCUGUGUAUAAAGUAGUGUAUCAAAUCCUUGAGAGGAUGUUUGUGUAAUUAGCCCUUAUUUUAUUUAUUCACGUUCCUAACAAAUUAGAGACUGAAUUCUGUUUUAAUUGUCAGUAAUAGAAACUGGCGUUAUUAUUAUUAUUUAAGGUACAUCAUUACUUACAGAAACAAAGAAAAAAGUAGUAAUUAACUUCACAAUUUUGUCAUAUAAUUAUGAAUUUGUCUUCUUACCCAACCCUCUACCCCCAUGCUCUCACAAUUUCUUCUUUCUUAUUGGAUCACAUUCUUUCUUGCAUGGUAGGAUUUUUCUUCCAAUCUUCUCUAUCAAUUCUAUCCUAUUUCCUGUUAAAUUUUCGUGUCUAUUGCCUGCUCUUUUGCCACAUGCUAUCUUCUUUAUUUAUAUGUUUUCUUUUCACAUUGCCAGUCCUAAAGCCUGGAAAACAAAUAAAGUUUCUCAGGUUGGUUAUCUUAUAAAUUAUAUAGUCAAACCUUAUGGAUGAGAAUAGUGAAAAUUGUCGAUCUUGUAAUAGGCUGUUUUGUCAAAUACAUUUUUCCCAAUGAGGGGGGCAAGAAUGGAUGACAUGAUCUUGUUUUUCUAUAAGAAGCCCUCAAAUGAGUAAUCAUUGUAAUGUUCAUCAAAUGGAAUGCUGAAUAAAAGGGUAUUGUGUGAAAUUAAAUAUUCAUGAUAAUUCUUUAUUUAGAUGUAUUGAGCUGAGUUAAAUUACAUUUGAGUUUAUGCACUAUAUAUAGUGUAUAGAAAUGAUGGCAAAAUGGAACUCAUGAAUUUGAUGCAGGAUACAGGAUCUUAGACAGUUCUUUUUAU